AGACAGCUGGCUCGCGACGUUUGUAUUGGCACAGCUUCGAUUCACAGCACUUCGAAGGGGCUAGGCAGCGCUGGCAGAGAGAUGGCAGAGCUUGUCUUUAGCCUGGGUCUGACCUCAAACGGGGCCAGCAAUCGCCAGGGGGGCAGCCGGAGGUACAGCACUACCACGCGUGCAUAGAUCACACAUAAGCACUGCAAAACGUUUCCGCGCGCGUAACGGCGACCUAAGGCACUCAAAGAGGCAGUACAACAAGAGGUGCUCCCGGUGCUGCUGAGCCGCCACAACCGAACCGACGCGACCACGACCGACGCGACCACGACCUGCUACAAACCGCUUUCGAUCCUACGUACAGCAUGUCUUGCUGGCGGAAGGACAGCGACGAGUGCUGGGGCACCGACGGAGACGACGAUGGCGAGCGCACGGUCGACUCCAAUGACGCCCCGAGGAUGCGCAAGACCAGUUCCCAGGUCGACUACUAUUCCCAGGAUACGGUCGAUACGACGCAUCUCCAGCACGUCGCGGCUGUGGCGGCGCGGCGAGCCUUAACGCAGGACGGCGAUUACUUGGUGCUAGCAUUGGUCGGCCUCCCGGCGCGCGGAAAGUCAUUCAUUGGAGCCAAGCUCCGCUCGUUCUUAGCGUGGCGCGGCCUGGAGUGCCAGGUCUUUAAUGCGGGUCAAAGACGUCGAGCGGCGAGCGACGAUUCAUUGGAGAAGAACUUGCGAUCACCACAUUCUCACGCGGCCUUCUUUGAUAAUGCCAACAAGGACGCGGCGGCGCGGCGGGAGUCCAUAGCCAUGGACACGCUCGAUUCGUUAUUUGACUACUUGGAGAGCGGCGAGGGCGAGGUGGGGAUCUUCGACGCGACGAACUCGACAAGGCAGCGCCGGAAAGCUAUUUUGGAUAGGGUGAAAAGGCGCUUCGAGGGCACGGGCAAGGCCUGCGGCGUCGUCUUCAUCGAGACGAUCUGCACCGAUCCUUAUGUGUUACAUAGUAAUAUGCUGGUCAAGGUCCGGAACUCGCCGGACUUCGCCGGGCUCGACGAGGCCACGGCUCUAGCUGACUUACGACGUAGGAACGCGCACUACGAGUCGGCCUACGAACCGUUGUCCGACAGCGAAGGCGCCUCGUAUAUAACGAUCUACAACUUUAGCUCAAAGGUUACUUGUUCAUUAUGUUUCGGCCGGAUCACUCGAGUGGUCUUACCGUUCCUACUCGCGAUCCAUGUGGAUGAAAGACCCAUCUACUUAGUAGCCCUGGCGCCGCGCGGCAUCUCCACUUCCGGUAGAACUACGCGCGAGGCCGAGUACCGUAAGGCCGUCGCUGCAGCCGAGGACGCCGAGAAGGAUCUGGCGCUGCGAUUGAGGGCCUGGUGCGCUUCAGCCAAGGAGCCGCCUCUCCACGUUUUUUGCUCGGCGUCGAUCCGAGCGCGCGCGGUCGCCGGGGCGUUGGACGUGGAGGCUUCGUAUACUGCUGCCCUCGACCCGUUCGUGAAGGAGGGCCGGCGGGACGCGCACCGCGACCUCGCCGACCGCCUCGAGCCUGUGAUUAUCGACAUCGAGGGGUCCGUGGCGCCGACGCUGGUGAUCACGCACGCCACGCCGGCGCGAGCUUUACUAGCAUACAUGCACAACCGGCCGCGCGUGCGCGUCGUCGACGAGACGGCGACGACCGAGGCGCCGCGGACGCUGGCCGGCGCCGACGCCGCCGUCAUCGAGGUGCGCGCUACGGUUGCCGGCGGCUACAGCGAGACGGUCCACCUGCUGCCCGGCGCGGACGGCUCGCCGCCGCCGUCGCCCUCAAUUUUCGCGCGCGCGCCGUCCUUGCCCUGGGACGAGCGGCGGCGCGGGUCGAUCGGCUUCUCGGAGCGCGGGUCGAAGAGUCUCGAGUAGCCCCGGAGUGUUCAUUUUGUUGUCCAGAGUAAUCAC